UGAAGCAUUCACAAAACAAAAACUCAGCCAAAGAGUUGAGCCUGGAAGGAAGAACGAAAGGAACUAGUAUAAGAUGGCCGAAACAGAGGACAUUCAGCCACUUGUGUGCGACAAUGGCACAGGAAUGGUGAAGGCUGGAUUUGCUGGAGACGAUGCUCCAAGAGCUGUAUUUCCAAGCAUUGUCGGUCGGCCACGCCACACAGGUGUGAUGGUGGGUAUGGGCCAAAAGGAUGCGUACGUAGGUGAUGAAGCUCAAUCGAAGCGUGGUAUUUUAACACUGAAGUACCCAAUCGAGCAUGGGAUCGUGAGCAAUUGGGACGACAUGGAAAAGAUAUGGCAUCACACUUUCUAUAACGAGCUUCGUGUUGCACCGGAAGAGCAUCCUGUACUUUUGACUGAAGCGCCGCUUAACCCAAAGGCUAAUAGGGAGAAGAUGACUCAGAUUAUGUUCGAGACUUUCAAUACUCCGGCUAUGUAUGUUGCUAUUCAGGCCGUUCUUUCCCUCUAUGCCAGUGGCCGUACUACUGGUAUUGUGUUGGAUUCCGGUGAUGGAGUUAGUCACACAGUCCCAAUCUAUGAAGGGUACUCCCUCCCACACGCCAUUCUCCGUCUCGACUUAGCUGGGCGUGACCUCACCGACUACCUAAUGAAGAUUCUCACCGAGCGUGGUUACUCAUUCACCACCUCAGCAGAGCGAGAAAUCGUGAGAGACGUGAAGGAAAAAUUAUCCUACAUAGCUCUCGACUACGAGCAAGAAAUCGAGACUUCAAAAACAAGUUCCUCUGUGGAGAAGAGCUACGAAUUGCCAGAUGGACAGGUCAUUACCAUCGGCAACGAGCGAUUCCGAUGCCCGGAGGUUCUAUUCCAGCCUUCAAUGGUCGGAAUGGAAGCGGCUGGAGUUCACGAGACUACGUACAACUCUAUAAUGAAGUGUGAUGUGGAUAUUAGGAAGGAUCUUUAUGGUAAUAUCGUGCUCAGUGGUGGGUCCACUAUGUUCCCCGGUAUUGCUGAUCGAAUGAGUAAGGAAAUUACGGCUUUAGCUCCGAGUAGCAUGAAGAUUAAGGUCGUUGCUCCGCCUGAGAGGAAGUACAGUGUCUGGAUUGGAGGUUCUAUCUUGGCAUCUCUCAGCACUUUCCAACAGAUGUGGAUUGCUAAGGCGGAAUACGAUGAGUCAGGUCCGUCUAUUGUGCAUAGAAAGUGCUUCUAAUUGGGCAGUGACGAAAACCCUUGUGAAACAUAAUGUACUUCCCUUAGUUGUACGAUUUUUUUCCCGAUAUCUGUUGUUUUUUUCGUGUUCGAUUGAUGAGUUUGAGGGGGCUAGAAGUUUGGUUUUCUUGAUGUUCUUAUUCUAUAUUUUUAAUUGAUUGAUUAAUAGGUUUUGAACAUUAUUUUUCUUUUCGUUUUUCAUUGUGCUUCACAUAUUUUGAGUUGAAUGAAUGAAUAAACCAUGUUUGUAGUACAUAGAGAAUGUUCGAAACGAGA